AUGUCGUCGAUCUGGAACGCCUUUACCGGCGGCAACAAGCCUGCUCACCAACCCACCCAGCAGACCCAGACCCAGACUUCAUACUCCUCGCCCUCACCGUCCUAUGACCCUUCGCAGGACCAGGACCAGGGCGUCGAAAGCUUCCUACAGUCGUCCACAUUCGCCGACCCGUCACAGUUGCAUCCUCUUGCCGGCCUCAACAGGGACUCCCUCGAGUACCUGACCCUCGAGGACUCCGUCCUCUCCGAUCUCCCCGGCGGCCAGUCCGUCCUCCCUUCGCGCGGCUUCACAGACGACCUGUGCUACGGCACCGGCAUCACUUACCUCUCCGGUCUGUCGAUAGGAGGCGCCUGGGGUCUGCAGGAGGGCCUCAGGCGGUCAGCGGGCCAGGCGCCGAAGCUGCAGCUCAACUCAGUUCUCAACGCAGUUACCCGGAGAGGGCCCUUCCUCGGCAACUCGGCCGGUGUCGUUGCGAUUGUGUACAACUGCAUCAACUCUCUCAUUGGGUCUUUCCGAGGAAAGCACGAUGCCGCCAACUCGGUGGUCGCUGGUGGUUUGAGCGGCAUGAUCUUCAAGAGCACGCGGGGUGUCCGCCCCAUGAUGAUUUCCGGUGGUCUGGUUGCUUCGGUGGCUGCUGUCUGGACGGUCGUUCGUCGUACAUUCUUCCCCAUUCCAGAACAAGCACACGUCGACACAUCGGACUCUCUGUAA